AAGUUGAGGUAGCGCGUGGAGGCCGGUUGAAGCCGUUAAAAGUUGAGUGAAGCAGGCAGGAGUAAUGAAGAGAAAAAGUCAUGAUACUGAGUAUCGGGAUUUAGAAAAAUUCCAAGAUGAAGACGACAGCAAUAUUGAUGAGGAGAUGGAGGAAAAAGAAAUAAACAAUCCUAGAAAAAAAAGGAAUGUCAUGAAAAACAAACAGCCAAAAGAUGUUGGAGUAAUAGAAGCUGUUAAACUAAGCAAAAGAGAGCUGUACAAGCCUCCAACUAAUGAAGAACUCAAUCAACUGAAAGAAACCGAGAAUCUCUUUCAUUCUACUUUGUUAAGAAUGCAGGUUGAAGAACUACUAAAAGAAGUUAAAUUGAAGGAGAAAAGACGCAAGGCUAUUGAUAGCUUCCUACAUGACGUGAAGAAUCUUCUCAACACCAUCCCAGAAAUUAAGAAAGUCGAUAUUACUGACCAAUCUUGGAUUCCAAAAGGCAUUAAAGUUCCUUUUCUUCAAGUACCAUACAAUAUUAAAGGGAAGUUCCAUUUUCUACCUCCUGCUUCUGUAAACGUUAUUGGUAGUUAUUUACUUGGUACUUGCAUCAAGCCGGAGAUCAAUGUGGAUAUUGCUGUUACGAUGCCAGCAGAAAUCCUCCAGGCGAAGGACUACCUUAACCAGCGCUACCUCAGGAAACGUGCACUCUACCUGGCUCACAUUGCCUGUCAUUUAUCCAAGAAUGAGCUCUUUGGAUGUGUAAAGUUUGGCUACUUCAAUAGCAACCACUUGAAGCCAAUUUUGUAUCUAUCUCCACAAGGUAAAGAUGAGAAACUGGUAACUGUAAGACUUCAUCUUUGUGCUCCUGCAUCUUUCUUCAAAUUGAGUCGUUUUCAUCCAAGCAGAAACAACAUUAGAGUUUCAUGGUUUUUGGAGCAAGUAUCUACCCAGGAAGGAAAUGAUGAACCUGCUACACCUCACUAUAACAAUAGCAUUCUUGUCGAUCUGGUGAUGGAACAGCACCUUCAUUUUCUCUUCAAUGCUGCUGCUGAAUUCCCUGGAAUGAAAGAUGGAAUUGGAAUUUUUAAAGUGUGGCUUCAACAGAGGGCAUUGAACAAGGGCUAUGGUUGCUUCAAUGGAUUUAUUGCUUCAAUGUUGGUGGCAUAUUUGCUUUCUAAGCGUAAACUGAACAAAAUGAUGAGUGCAUACCAGGUGCUGCGUAAUGUCCUUCAGUUCUUGGCUGUAACGGACCUCACUCAAAAUGGCAUCAGUCUUUUUCAGGACACUGACGACUCAGUGCCAUCACUUGGAGAAUUUCACCAGGCCUUUGACGUUGUAUUUGUGGAUCCUUCAGGAUUCGUAAACCUAUGUGCUGAGAUGACUGCAAGCAAAUACAAGCAGAUUCAAUAUGAAGCGCAGAAGUCAAUGGAAAUUCUUGACGACAAGACAGUAGAUGGAUUUGAAAUGCUUUUGAUGACUUCAAAGCUCCUAAUUCAAACCUUUGACCACGUUUUCCACCUGAAAAACGUUGCCAAGCUGCAGGAAGGCUGUAAAAAGAUGAAACUGCUCGACGAAUUGAUUGAUCAUGGCGGUAACUACAUUGUUACAAUUUUACCACACCUUCUUUCAUUAUUAACUCGUGGACUGGGCGAACGGAUUCAUCUUCUUACUCAUUCGCUUCUUCAUAUACCUGAAUGGCCAGUAAAUGCAGAUCCUCCAAAACACAAGGAUGUAAGAUAUUUGUCAUUUGGUAUUUUAGUGAACCCAGUAUUUUCUACAAAUGCUUUGGAAAAAGGACCUCAGGCUGAUAGUCCAAAGGCAGCAGAAUUCAGGGACUUCUGGGGAGAGAAUUCUGAGCUGAGGCGUUUUCAAGAUGGAUCCAUUUGUGAGGCUUUCCUCUGGCAGGGUGACAAUAUUUGUGACCGUCGUCUAAUUCCUGAACAAAUUGUUAAACAUCUUCUUCAACGACAUUUGGAUUUACCAAAGUCGGCAUUGUGCUAUGUUGGAGGCUUACUGGACUCUGUCAUCGAGGUAGAUAAAGGGUCUGCAGGGUCGGAGGAGAGGAACAUUAGUGUUGUGCAGUCAUACGAUGACCUGAGCCGCAAACUUUGGAAUCUCAAUGGACUUCCUUUGAAUGUCACAUCAGUCCAAGGGAUACACCCUGUGUUCCGAUUCACAGAAGUUUUUCCACCAGUGCCGGCGAAACCAGAUUACUCUUAUUAUGUCAAGGAUGUGAAGAGCAAAUGCCUGCUUCCUUCAAAUCAAAAGCCAUGCGGUGUGUAUGUCCCAGCAUUGAAAGUAAUCUGUCACAUGGAAGGAAGUGGAAAAUGGCCUCAAAACAAAGAUGCAAUAAAACGUAUCAAAGCAGCAUUUCACAUACGAUUGGCUGACCUUCUGCAACAACAGCAUCAACUUACUUCCCAUCCUUCAGCCACUCAUGUUGAUGUGUAUAAGGAUGGUUAUGUAUUUCAAAUUCAAGUGGGAUAUCAUAGAGAGCCUUUGAUUCUGAAGGAAAUCCAGACGCCAGAAGGCAUGCUAAAGUAUCGGGAUACUGAAGAAUCCUUGCAGCUAGAAUUGGAAACCAUUCAUCUACCUUAUUUAACAAGCGCACUGCAUGGACUUCAACAGCAGCAUUCUGCCUAUAGUGGAACAUGUCGUCUUGCUAAGCGCUGGAUCUCUGCUCAGUUACUCAGUAAUUAUAUUAGUGAGGAGAGUAUUGAUCUACUAGCAGCCUACCUCUUCACACAACCUGCACCGUAUUCACCUCCUGCAUCUCCACAAACAGGCUUCAUUCGGUUUCUGAACUUGUUAUCUACGUUUGAUUGGAAGAAUAACCCACUAAUUGUGAAUCUCAAUGGUGAUAUAAAAGAAAGUGAAUUUGCUGAGAUCAAGAAUGACUUUGUUGCCACAAGGACCCAGCAUCCAGUAAUGUUUAUCGCCACACCCAAUAACAGAAAAAGUUCAAUAUGGACAAAAGGAAGACCAUCUGCUCUGAUUCUUCAGCGAUUGGUAGAACUUGCAAGCGCAUCUUUGCAAACACUAGAAAGACAACUGAUGGAUCCAUUGGAUAACCAUGAUCUCAAGACCGUCUUCCGGCCACCUUUAGAUAUUUAUGAUGUAUUCAUUUACCUGAACCCCAAGCACAUUCCAAGACAUCUUGAAGCAGUUGACAGGCCAAAAGUUACGUAUAGCAGAGGAACAUUAAGGAAUGAUGCCAAAGUCCACUUUUUAAAAAUGCCCAUGGUGGACUAUGACCCUGUACAGUGUUACCUUCGUGAACUGAGGAGUGCUUUUGGAGAGUUUGCGCUAUUUUUUCACGAUACCUAUGGUGGAAGUUUGAUUGCUGUGCUUUGGAAACCUCAGGCAUUUACACCUCAGCCUUUUAAAACUUCCCACAUUAAUGCAAAAAUGUUGGAAACUAAAGGAAAUCAGCUUCAACUGGUCCCUAAUGUGGAAGCAAUAUUGGAAGACUUUGAAAUUCUUGGAGCUGGUUUGGUGAAGUCAGUCGAAGCACUGACAGAGAAAUGGAAGAUCUAGGGGCAUACAUUGAUUCACAUUUGUUUGGGUCUUUAAUCUCAAAUUAAUGAACAUGUAAUGAAAUAAUUAUUCUAACUUACCUUAUUGAAAAUAAUAAAAGUUUACACAUGUCCAUUUA